AUGACAAGUUCGAGAAAUGACAUGAACAUUGAAAUGGCUGAUAUGGGUGCUCAGAACCGAGAGCCACCAGAAAAUGGAGAACUACAAAACCAAUAUGAAAUUGAUCAUCUUCCCAACAAUGACGAAGAAGGAUUCAGUCUCAUCGCGAAAAUUGGGUUCAUCAUUAUCUUUUUUAUCGUCUGCACCGUCGUAUCAUUCAAACUCAAACUUGUUUUUGAAAUAAUAAAGGAAGUCGCCAUUGGAGAAUACAGAAAACUCACGCAGUCUGAUGAUGGUUCGGCCACCGAGCCAAUUCGCUCCAAUCUUACCCAAGCUGGCUGA